AUGAAAGGCGAUGCCUUCCCCAAAACCCAAUGCCGAAACAUUGGAAAGGAGAGAAAAAUCUCUUAUGUGCUAGAUUUUCUAGGAGGAGGAUCAUCAGAGCCACCGAAGAUGCUAUGUCCGUCGCUGAAGACAUCAAAUCUAUCUUGGCAACUAUCAAGUAUUAAUGACUGUGAAUUAAAUUUGGAAGCAUUGUCCUUACAAGAAAUAAUUCAAUUUUUGACCUUCAUUUUCUUUGAUAAGUGGUCAGAAACACUUUAUAUUGAGCAUUUUUCGACCACAUAA